AUGUCUGGAAAAAGGUCCACCACAACAAGUCUCAGCCUUCGACCUGCAAAUAAAUGUGGUCGAAUGACGUUAAAUCCGGCAUUAAUAACAGAUAUUCAGCAAAUAAUGGUUGACAAGAUUAAAUCAGAUCCUGUUUUGCAACAAUCAAUUGCUGAUAUUGUUAAAUCAAAUAAUAAUAGUGUAGGUGAUUCUGCUGAAAGUACUGUUGCACUAUUGAACCCGGUGAUAGAGACAAUUAGCGAUAAGUUAAGUGAAAUUGAAUCCAAAAUUGAUGGUCUUGAACGUUAUAACAGAACAUGGUGUUUACGAUUUCAUGGCUUUGAUGAGGAACAACAUGAAAACAUUGUCAAUAAAAUAACAAAUUUUACAAAUACUCAUCUUGGAUUAAAUUUAUUUUUAAGACCGAUCAUUGUCCGUUAUUUCAGUCGUCCUACUCGCCAACAAAUCUUACACUCAACAUACUUAUUAAAACAAAAGAACUCAAAAAUAUUUGUUGUCGAAGAUUUAACUAAACGUACGUUAGCUUUAUUUCACGCUGCACGUAACUCGGUUAGUGAUGCUGAAAAAA